UAGCAACCAAACCUAGCAACUGGGGCAGAGUCUGGUGCCGCGGAGCUCAGCUGAAGAAGGGUCUUGGAAACUUUGCACUCGCACACAUCGCGCCGUUUCCAGCCUCCUAGGCUAGGGAACGGUCCCCUCCCUUGCCUGGGGCUCUGGAACCAUCUCAUUCUGGUGAAAGUAAGAGGCAGCCUAGGACCAGAAGCCUUUCGCGGAGAAAAGGGGUGACAUGCCCAUCCUGUAUGACAGGCCAGCUUUAGCUCUGGCUCCAGCUCUGAGGCCUCUGCUGCUGAAAGAAGAUUGCUGAAGCUAAAGGAGAUAUUUAAUUCUAAGUUUGGAUCCAUUCCCAAGUUUUAUGUUCGAGCACCAGGAAGGGUCAACAUAAUAGGAGAACAUAUAGAUUACUGUGGAUAUUCUGUUCUUCCUAUGGCUGUAGAACAAGAUAUGUUAAUAGCUGUGGAACCUGUGAAAACACACACUCUCCAACUGGCCAAUACAAAUCCCUUGUACCCGGACUUCAGUACUGGCACUAACAACAUUCAGAUUGACAAAACCAAGCCUCUGUGGCACAACUAUUUCCUAUGUGGAUUUAAAGGAAUUCAGGAACACUUUGGUCUUAGCGACCUGGCGGGGAUGAAUUGCCUGGUGGAUGGGACCAUCCCUCCAAGUUCUGGCCUCUCCAGCUCCAGUGCGUUGGUCUGUUGUGCUGGCUUAGUGACACUCACAGUUCUGGGAAUGAACCUAUCCAAGGUGGAACUUGCGGAAAUCUGUGCCAAGAGUGAGCGGUAUAUUGGCACCGAAGGAGGAGGGAUGGACCAGUCCAUAUCAUUUCUUGCAGAAGAAGGAACUGCCAAGUUGAUAGAAUUUAGCCCUCUGAGGGCAACUGAUGUGAAACUCCCCAGUGGAGCAGUGUUUGUGAUUGCCAACAGUUGUGUGGAAAUGAAUAAGGCAGCAACUUCCCAUUUCAACAUCAGGGUGAUGGAGUGUCGGCUGGCUGCAAAGCUCCUGGCUAAGUACAAAAGCUUGCAAUGGGAUAAAGUGCUGCGGCUGGAGGAGGUGCAGACCAACCUGGGGGUCAGUCUGGAAGAAAUGCUGUUGAUUAUAGAGGAUGCUCUUCACCCUGAACCCUAUAGCCCCGAGGAGGUCUGCAGGUGUCUGGGAAUCAGCCUGCAGGAGCUUCAGACCAAAAUUCUGAGUCCAAACACUCAGGAUGUGCUCGUCUUCAAACUGUACCAGCGGGCCAAGCACGUGUACAGCGAGGCUGCGCGAGUGCUCCAGUUUAAGAAGAUCUGUGAGGAAGCACCUGACAACAUGGUCCAGCUGCUGGGGGAGCUGAUGAACCAGAGCCACGAGAGCUGCCGGGACAUGUACGAGUGUAGCUGCCCUGAGCUGGACCAGCUGGUGGACAUCUGUCGGACGUUUGGAGCUCAAGGGUCACGACUCACAGGAGCAGGAUGGGGAGGCUGCACAGUCUCAUUGGUACCUGCUGACAAGCUGCCCAGCUUCCUAGCAAAUGUGCAGGAAGCCUAUUACCAGAGUGGUGAUCGGUGCCUGGCACCCGAGAAGCAGAGUUUGUUUGCUACCAAACCUGGAGGCGGGGCCUUGGUUUUCCUUGAGGCCUAAACAAUGUAAAAAAAUCUCAGAGAAACUAUU